GCCGCCACCACGGGAGGACUCAGCCCUUGGCUAUAAACCGAGGAGCCACGCAGCCACAGCCCUCCCCACACCGGAGCCUGCCCCGCUCAGUUUCAAGAUGAAGACUGACCUGGAACUCGCCUUGGAGUGCGCCAUCAACAUCUACCACCAGUACGCCAUCAAGUACCCCAUAGAUGACUACCUGAGCAAGACUGAGUUCUCAGAGCUGCUGAAGGAGACUGCCAAGCCCUUCCUCCGCAACACCAUGCCGCCUGACAUGACCGUUGAUGACUACAUAAGCAAACUCUUUGCCAGAGCAGACCACAACCAUGACGGUCGCCUGAAGUUCACAGAGUUCCUGACCACGCUGAAUCUUGUAGUCAUUGAUGCCCACAAUAGGUCCCACCAGCAUCACAGGAGCCAGGACCAGCACUCUGGUCAUGGUCAUGACCAUGCCUAAGACCAGGGCCAUGGUCCCUGCAAGCCAAGCAGUUCCCAGGGUGACUGUGCCCAUGGGAUUGUGCUCUUCCAGCAACAUCAUCCCGUCUGUUUGUCCACAAGCACAAACCUGUAACCAA